UCAAACACCAGCCUCUGAGACGCUCAGGGAGCAGCCAAACAUUACAUCACGUUCAAAACACGCCCGCACAUGAAAGAUUGAAGCAGAUGAAAGACUCCGGUGUGAGAUGGGGAUAGGCAUUCAGCACUUCUGCAGCAGACCAAACAUCAUCUCUGACAAACCUCACACCAAUCCAACGCCCGGGCAAGUCCAUCUGGGCUUGGAUUUUCAGAGUGAGAAUAGAUUCACAUCUCCUUCCACAGGUGAAUGCCAGCAGGUUCUGUCUGCGGUCAGCGGAAACUUCAGCAGCCCUCACUUCCCCAACAUCUACCCCAACAACAUCAACUGCCACUGGAGCAUCUCUCUGGCCGCAGGCUAUCGGAUCAAGCUCUUCUUCCCGUUCAUGGACCUGGAGGACCGCAACAGUUUGUCCGACCGCUGCGACUAUGACUCCGUGGCGGUUUAUGACGGAGCCGCUCAGACGGACCCUCUACUGGGCCGCUGGUGCGGCAGAGAAAAGCCUCGCUCCCUGGUCUCCAGGGGCAACAAGCUGCUGGUGGUGCUGAGCACCGACAGGAACGAAGCGCAUCAAGGCUUCACCGCCUCCUACCUGGGAGGUAAGGGAGACCAGAUGUGAGGCUAUUCUAGGCCCUGCCACUGACUUCUCUUCCUCUCCCAGUCGUGCCUGUGAAUGUCAGUUGCACCAGAUCAGAAUUCACCAUCCUGAUCCCGCUGCAGUCGCUGCCACAGCUGGACCGCGAGAGCAUCUA